AUCUGUCCAUAAAACCUUUUCCUAACUUUGACAAAAAUGUCAUUACCUGCAUCUAUGGGUUUCACGAGAAAUCUGAAGUUUGGGCUGAGAAGCAUUUUGACAACAUUUGGCCAAACUGGAAAGAUGGCAUGAAUAAUGCCUUAAAAGACGAUAUUUUGGAUGUUGAAAAAUAUUAUGAUGAAACAAUCGGUGCUGUUACAGACCAGCUUUACACUUGGUUGUCGAAAUCAGAAAGUGUUCAUGAUCAAGUCAAUGCAUGGGGACGUUGGAUUAAAAUCUGGAGUCAGUUUACGUUGGAAAGCUUUCUUGAAAGUAAUAUCGAGGUAAUCAAAGCUAAAGUACCUGUUGAAGAUCAAGCAGACUUGGAUUUAGUUAAACUUGGAAAUCUUUUGCCAUGGUCGAAUGAUGCUGUUCGUGGUUAUUCUGUAUUUUGCUAUACGGAGCAGCUUGAUCAGUCGCUGGGAUCCUAUCUUAAUUUUGAACUGGGAAAAUGGUGUUCUCGUGAAAUGCAUUGCUUGAAAGGAGGUAUGCAUAGUUUGCCGAAAGCGUUUUUCAACGCUGAAGGAUUGAGUACGGAUGACAUAGAAUACAAGAAACAGGUUUUCGAAAUAAAUUACUGGUAUCAAGAUGAGUAUCCUCUGAAAGAUCUCGUUGAAGUGUCGUGUUAUUCAAGUAGCGGUGCGCCAAGUGUGUAUAAUGCGAAGUUUUCAGCAAUUUUUAGGACUGGUCAUACUUGUCAAUCACCAGGACGAUUUUCAAAGACAGUAAUUGUUGCCACCCCAAUAAAUACUUUGCGUCAAAUAAGUUUCAAACCAAAGCUUCAUAAUGAUGAAUCCCAGUUGGCGAUGAGAAAAUGUGUUCAAGCUAUGGAAGAUGUUUCUAUUGUGCAAUCAACAAAAGUUUAUAUUCAGACCAAACAGAGAUUCUGGGAAAAUGAAGGAAUCAAAGGUGGUUUUUCUAAGACAAACCUUCCCAUAGGUCAGAUUCAUUAUCUCACUCCGGAAGAUCCCAACACAAAAGAAGGACUUGUUUUGAUCUACACAUGGAAAAAUGAAGCUCUGCUUUUUGGAUCUAUGAAAGAAGAGCAAGUGAAACAAAAGGUGAUGAAACAACUCGCAGAAAUCCAUCCGGCAUUCAAAGAAGACAUGGUGACAACGUGUAUUGUCCAUGCUUGGUAUAACCAGCCAUCUUAUCAAGGAGCGUAUGGAAGAAUGAAAGCUGCUCAACACAAAAAUAUAAGGUAUUUAUGGGAGCCUAUAGGAAACGUUCAUUUUGCUGGCGAAGGAAUUUCUUUUACCCCGAAGUGGAUACAAGGUGCUUUGGAAAGUGGUUUAAAAGCUGCAUUUCAAGUUUAUGAACGACUUAUGGAAAGAACUUUUUACCAAAGUUAGUGAAAUUUUUUAUGCUUCUGUAACCUCACCCUUUAUGUAAAUUUAUUUUUAUAACAUGAUGAUAUACUUGACGUAGUCUUUAUCCGCCACUGCUUCCGUAACCUCACCCUUUAUGUAAAUUCAUUUUAUAACAUGAAGAUAUAUUUGACGUAGUCUUAAUCCGCCACUGCUUCCGUAACCUCACCCUUUAUGUAAAUUCAUUUUCGUAACAUGAACAUAUAUUUGACAUAGUCUUAAUCCGCAACUGCUCCUGUAACCUCGCCCUUUAUGUAAAUUUAUUUUUAUAAUAUGAAGAUAUAUUUGACGUAGUCUUAA